AUGGCGAAUAAAAUUCACCCUGGAGAGGCAAGUAGUUCCUCCAGUACUACAACUGCUAGCUACGUCUCCUCGAAGCAAGAAACUUUCACAAUAUGGAUGAAGUCUCUUAUACUCAAUGGUAAAGGAUGUACCGUUUUCGAUUCCAACGGUCGAAUUCUGUUUCGAGUUGACAACUACAACUGCAAAUCUAGAGACGUUUUUCUUAUGGAUAGCAAGGGUGAAAUCCUCUUCGCCAUACUCGAAAAGAAAAAAUUAUUAGUGUUGAAGUUUUGGGAGGGACAUAGAUCGAAGAAGCCAGAUGAGGAAGAGGUGAAGGAAAAGGGAGCAGCUUGUUUUAAAGUAUCAAAAAGGUUUGGGAUUUCAAAAGGUCAUUCGACAUGUGAGGUAGUUGAGGUUGAAGUGAACAAAAGCCAGUGUUUGUGUUACAACAUAGAAAGAUGUACUAGGAAUUCACCUUGGAAGAUAGCUGACAAGUUUGGGACACCAAUAGCAGAGAUAAAGAGGAAGCAAUCAACAAGUGGAGUGCUUUUAGGGGACGAUGUUUUGACAAUGGUGGUGGAGCCCUUUAUUGAUCACUCUUUCAUAAUGGGGCUUUUUGUUGUGUAUAGUCUCAUCAACUGUCGAAUGUGGAGUGGAGAGAACCUGUUUGAAGCAGCUGCUUUCCACUGGUUCAACACAGUUCUUGCUGAAUUGAUCACUUCCACGGCUGUAGUAACAUUUUUAUUCCAAAGCAACUCAUUCCUUGCUUUCCAAACAGCCCAAGACACCAUAAGAGCCUCUUCCAACACCACGGUCUGGCCAUUGUUCAAAAUUUUCUCCACCCAGGUUCCAAAAUCUGAUGCCACAAUAGCACCAACAACCGGAAUCUCCAUUUUAACGGCUCCCGGGAAAGUUGCGUCUAGUCAUUUUCCCGAGAAAGUGACAAAGCUCAACAACAUUUUAACGCCCCCCUUCAAAAAAGAAAAAGACCAAAUGUGGCAAAGAUCAGCUUCAUUUAUUCUUGACCAACAGUACCAACGUCAAAACGAUCUCGCUUCGUCUUCUAAUCAGGAAGUCCUUUCUCUCUCCCCGCCUCCCCCUUCAUCCAUGGCUGACAACUUCCAAAACCCUAACUCUAACCCCAAGAUUUCCGCCUACUACCAGACCAGGGCUGCCCAUCACGCAGUUGUCACUAGCGAUUGGCUGGCCCAAGCACAAGCAGCUGUUGGCCGCUUAUCCGAUGACCAAGCCCCUAAGGAGCCCGAACUCCCGAUUGCCUCCAAUCCCGGAAAGACCUUCAGUGUUAUCGACGAGUUUAACAAUUGGCGGAAGCAGCCGGAUUUGGCUGAGGCUGUUGCGGCGAUUCGAGCCUUGGCGGCUGUCAUCAGGGCUAGCGAGGCUACCACCAUGAUGGAACUUGAAAUUGAGCUGAAGAAGGCCUCCGACUCUCUUAAAUCAUCAGACACGACCUCUAUCUCCCUGACAGCAGGCUGUGAUCUUUUCAUGAGAUAUGUAACUCGAACUUCAGCUCUGGAAUAUGAGGAAUUCAAUUCAGCUAAGUCUCGUUUAAUUGAGCGUGCUGAGAAGUUUGGGGAGAUAUCCUGUAAGGCACGUAGAAUCAUUGCGAUGCUUAGUCAAGACUUUAUCUUUGAUGGUUGUACUAUUUUGGUUCAUGGUUUCUCAAGAGUUGUUCUGGAAGUUCUUAAAACUGCAGCACAGAACAAGAAACUCUUUAGAGUUUUCUGCACCGAGGGCAGACCCGACAGAACUGGUUUACGGUUUUCAAAUGAGUUGACCAAGCUUGAUGUUCCUGUGAAGCUCCUGAUAGACUCUGCGGUGGCUUAUACCAUGGACGAGGUUGACAUGGUUCUCGUAGGGGCAGAUGCAGUGGUGGAAAGUGGAGGAAUAAUUAACAUGAUGGGGACUUACCAAAUUGCACUUGUGGCACACAGCAUGAACAAACCAGUUUAUGCGGCCGCAGAAAGCUACAAGUUUGCUCGUCUUUACCCAUUAGACCAGAAAGACAUGGCUCCAGCAUUACGCCCCAUUGAUUUUGGGGUACCCAUCCCCUCAAAGGUUGAGGUCGAAAGGUCAGCUAGGGAUUAUACCCCUCCUCAGUAUCUUACCCUACUUUUCACAGACUUGGGUGUUCUCACUCCAUCAGUGGUCAGUGAUGAACUCAUUCAGUUAUACUUAUAGUUGUAGCGCUUGAAAAAGUCAAUUUUGCUUUAUUUCCUCCCUCUUCCAUCCUUAGAAAGUUAGAUUAUUGGGUGUAUGCUUCAUAUGAAAUGUUUUAAUCUUGACCUGGAACACAUUAAUUUUCGACCAUGAAGUUGAGGUAUACUUGUUCUCAUGUUUUGCUUAAAACAUAAGGUGGUCCUGUCAUAUAGUUCAGUUCAGCGAUCCUUGGAUUGACGGUGAAUAAUCGUUACGCUUAAUGUCCCAAAAUGCUUGUACUCGAUCUUGGCCUUUGUUAAUGGAAUGAUUUGGAGGAGAGCAUCUCCAUUUUAAGUUUGGCAAAUUAAGUAUUUGGUUUGAAACUAAAUUUACAAGUGGAGUGUUAAGCCUUUUGGAUCGUUAAUUCUGCACAAGUUAAGGAUUAGGGGGCCGCAUAGGGAGUACUGUCGACUUUUAGCGGUAAUCAUUUUGGUAAGUUACGAUUUAGGAGUUGUGUGAGAAGACAAGGUUACUUUUUUUUUUUUUUUGCUUUUCUUCUGAAGGGAUGCUUUCUAGCAAUGUCGUUGUAGUUUAAUGACUUCUCCUUUUUUUGAUACAAAGAUAUUGUCGCAGUAAAAAUUAAAAUGGUGCGAAUGUGAUAAAUUAUCUAUAUUGAAAUAUACAAUAAAUAAGUAUUUUGUGCUUGAA